AAGGGCCAGGGUAGCCAGUAGAGGGCUACAGAGACUUGCGUCCAAGCUGGGAGACCACAGCUCCCACCUAGCAGAUACCCUCUCUUUUGGGGGCAAAAACCCAACAACUUCCCAACUCAGUCCAGUUUCUCCAGUAUCAUGUCGACUAGAGAGGAAGGAGCAGCAGCAGCCCCAAACCGAGGCCAAGAGCCCAAGUCCAAGUCCCAGAUUCUGGGCAGUUUUCUAGGAAGCUUGCCUUUAUUUGGCUCAGCCCGAAACCUGUUUUCUUCUAGCUCAUCGAAAGAGGCUCGUGGGAACAGCAAGUCAGGACCGAAUGCCCAACAGAGUUCCACUGCAGAUGAGCACACCUCUGGGAGCCAGGCCAGGUUGGAGGAGAAACCACCAGGAAAGGAAAUGUCUGAGGCGAUGGAGGUAUGCUCAAAGGUUACUGGGAAAAAGGAUACAGUCACUCCUGGGAUGGCCAACAUGAUGGAUAUGGCCAAAGGCAUGGUUCAGGGAGGUCUAGAUUCCACCAAGUCAACUGUGAGCAGCACCAAGAACACUGUCUGCAAGGGAGUCACUGGUGCUAUGGACACAGCAAAAGAGGCCACCCAGGGAGCCAUUGAGGGAACUGUGAACACUGCAAAAACAGCUGUGUCUGGAACUAAAGACUUUGUGUGCAGUGGAGUAACAAAUGCAGUGAAUGUGGCCAAAGGAGCUGUUCAGGGAGGUCUAGACACCACAAAGUCAGUUGUGACUGGAACCAAGAAUACUGUCAUCAGUGGAGUCACUGGUGCAGCAAAUGUGGCCAAAGGAGCUGUCCAAGGAGGUCUAGACACCUCAAAAUCAGUUUUAGGUGGAACCAAGGACACUGUCUUAAGUGGUGUCACUGGAGCCACAAACGUAGCCAAGGGAGCCCUCCAAACAGGUUUGGACACCACACAAAAAAUAGCAACAAACACUAAGGAUACUGUCUGCACAGGAGUCACAGGUGCAGUGAAUGUGGCCAAAGGAGUUGUUCAGGGAGGUCUGGAUACCACAAAGUCAGUUGUGACUGGAACCAAGGACACUGUUCUCAGUGGCAUGACUGGUGCCAUGAAUGUGGCCAAAGGAGCUGUCCAGAGUGGCUUAAAUACUACACAAAACAUAGCAACAGGCACUAAGGAUACCGUCUGCACUGGAGUCACUACAGCAGUCAAUGUGGCCAAAGGAACUGUUCAGGGAGGUCUAGACACCACAAAGUCAGUUGUCACUGGAACCAAGGACACUGUUCUCAGUGGUAUGACUGGUGCAGCAAAAAUGGCCAAAGGAGCUGUCCAGAGUGGCUUAAAUACUACACAAAACAUAGCAACUGGCACUAAAGACACUGUCUGCACUGGAGUCACUGGUGCCAUGAAUGUGGCCAAAGGAGUUGUCCAAGGAAGUCUGGACACCUCAAAAUCAGUCUUAGGUGGAACCAAGGACACUGUCUUAAGUGGUGUCACUGGCGCCACAAAUGUAGCCAAGGGAGCCCUGCAAACAGGCUUGAACACCACACAAAAAAUAGCAGCUGGUACUAAGGAUACUGUCUGCACAGGAGUUACUAGUGCAGUGAAUGUGGCCAAAGGAGCAGUUCAGGGAAGUCUAGACACCACAAAGUCAGUUGUAACUGGAACCAAAGACACUGUUGUCAGUGGCAUGACUGGAGCCAUGAAUGCGGCCAAAGGAGCUGUCCAGAGUGGCUUAAAUACUACACAAAAUGUAGCAACUGGCACUAAAGACACUGUCUGCACUGGAGUCACUGGUGCCAUGAAUGUGGCCAAAGGAGUUGUCCAAGGAGGUCUGGACACCACAAAGUCGGUCUUAGGUGGAACCAAAGACACUGUCUUGACUGGUGUCACUGGCGCCACAAACGUAGCCAAGGGAGCCCUCCAAACAGGCUUGAACACCACACAAAAAAUAGCAACUGGCACUAAAGACACUGUCUGCACUGGAGCCACUAGUGCCAUGAAUGUGGCCAAAGGAGCUGUGCAGGGAGGUCUAGAUACCACAAAGUCAGUUAUAACUGGAACCAAGGACACUGUUUGCAGUGGUUUGACUGGAGCCAUGAAUGUGGCCAAAGGAGCUGUCCAGACUGGCUUGGAUGCUACAAAAAACAUAGCAACUGGUACUAAGGACACUGUCUGCAGUGGUAUGACUGGCACAGUGAAUGUAGCCAAAGGAGUUAUCCAGGGAGGUCUGAACACCUCAAAAUCAGUCUUAGGUGGAACCAAGGACACUGUCUUGACUGGUGUCACUGGAGCCACAAAUGUAGCCAAGGGAGCCCUGCAAACAGGUUUGGACACCACACAAAAAAUAGCAACUGGCACUAAAGACACUGUCUGCACUGGAGCCACUAGUGCCAUGAAUGUGGCCAAAGGAGCUGUGCAGGGAGGUCUAGACACCACAAAGUCAGUUGUAACUGGAACCAAGGACACUGUUUGCAGUGGUUUGACUGGAGCCAUGAAUGUGGCCAAAGGAGCUGUCCAGACUGGCUUGGAUGCUACAAAAAACAUAGCAACUGGUACUAAGGACACUGUCUGCAGUGGUAUGACUGGCACAGUGAAUGUAGCCAAAGGAGUUAUCCAGGGAGGUCUGAACACCUCAAAAUCAGUCUUUGGUGGAACCAAGGACACUGUCUUGACUGGUGUCACUGGAGCCACAAAUGUAGCCAAGGGAGCCCUGCAAACAGGUUUGGACACCACACAAAAAAUAGCAACUGGCACUAAAGACACUGUCUGCACUGGAGCCACUAGUGCCAUGAAUGUGGCCAAAGGAGCUGUGCAGGGAGGUCUAGACACCACAAAGUCAGUUGUAACUGGAACCAAGGACACUGUUUGCAGUGGUUUGACUGGAGCCAUGAAUGUGGCCAAAGGAGCUGUCCAGACUGGCUUGGAUGCUACAAAAAACAUAGCAACUGGUACUAAGGACACUGUCUGCAGUGGUAUGACUGGCACAGUGAAUGUAGCCAAAGGAGUUAUCCAGGGAGGUCUGAACACCUCAAAAUCAGUCUUAGGUGGAACCAAGGACACUGUCUUGACUGGUGUCACUGGUGCCACAAAUGUAGCCAAGGGAGCCCUGCAAACAGGCUUGGACACCACACAAAAAAUAGUAACUGGCACUAAAGACACUGUCUACACUGGAGCCACUAGUGCCAUGAAUGUGGCCAAAGGAGUUGUCCAGGGAGGUCUGGACACCUCAAAAUCAGUCUUAGGUGGAACCAAGGACACUGUUGUCAGUGGCAUGACUGGUGCAGCAAAAAUGGCCAAAGGAGCUGUCCAGAGCGGCUUGGAUGCUACACAAAACAUAGCAACUGGCACGAAAGACACUGUUUGCACUGGAGUCACUGGUGCCAUAAAUAUGGCCAAAGGAGCUGUCCAGGGAGGUCUCGACACCUCAAAAUCAGUUUUAGGUGGAACCAAGGACACUGUCUUGACUGGUGUCACUGGCGCCACAAAUGUAGCCAAGGGAGCCCUCCAGACUGGCUUGGACACUACACAAAAAAUAGCAUCUGGCACUAAAGACACUGUCUACACUGGAGUCACUGGUGCCAUGAAUGUGGCCAAAAGAGCUGUCCAAAGUGGAUUAGAUACUACACAAAACAUAGCGACUGGCACUAAAGAUACUCUCUGCAGUGGCAUGACUGGAACAGUGAAUGUAGCCAAAGGAGUCAUGCAGGGAGGUCUGGACACCUCAAAAUCAAUCUUAGGUGGAACUAAGGACAUUGUCUGCACUGGAGUCACUGGUGCCACAAAUGUAGCCAAGGGAGCCCUCCAAACAGGUUUGGACACCACACAAAAAAUAGCAACUGGCACUAAAGACAAUGUUUACACUGGAGUCACUGGUGCCAUGAAUGUGGCCAAAGGAGCUGUCCAGGGAGGUCUCGACACUACAAAAUCAGUCUUAGGUGGAACCAAGGACACUGUCUUGACUGGUGUCACUGGUGCCACAAAUGUAGCCAAGGGAGCCCUCCAAACAGGUUUGGACACCACACAAAAAAUAGCAACUGGCACUAAAGACAAUGUUUACACUGGAGUCACUGGUGCCAUGCAUGUGGCCAAAGGAGUUGUUCAAGGAGGUCUGGACACCUCAAAAUCAGUCUUUGGUGGAACCAAGGACACUGUUUGCAGUGGUUUGACUGGUGCCAUGAACGUGGCUAAAGGAGCUGUCCAGAGCGGCUUGGAUGCUACACAAAACAUAGCAGUUGGUACUAAAGAUACUGUCUGCACUGGAGUCACUGGUGCCAUGAAUGUGGCUAAAGGAGCUAUCCAGGGAGGUCUGGACACCUCAAAAUCAAUCUUAGGUGGAACUAAGGACAUUGUCUGCACUGGAGUCACUGGUGCCACAAAUGUAGCCAAGGGAGCCCUCCAAACAGGUUUGGACACCACACAAAAAAUAGCAACUGGCACUAAAGACAAUGUUUACACUGGAGUCACUGGUGCCAUGAAUGUGGCCAAAGGAGUUGUUCAAGGAGGUCUGGACACCUCAAAAUCAGUCUUUGGUGGAACCAAGGACACUGUUUGCAGUGGUUUGACUGGUGCCAUGAACGUGGCUAAAGGAGCUGUCCAGAGCGGCUUGGAUGCUACACAAAACAUAGCAAUUGGCACCAAAGACACUGUCUGUAGUGGUAUGACUGGCACAGUAAAUGUAGCCAAAGGAGUUAUCCAGGGAGGUCUAGACACCUCAAAAUCAGUCUUAGGUAAAACCAAGGACACUGUUUCUAGUGGUUUGACUGGUGCCAUGAACGUGGCCAAAGGAGCUGUCCAGAGUGGCUUGGAUACUACACAAAAUAUAACAACUGGCACUAAGGAUGCUGUCCUCACUGGAGUCACAGGUGCAGUGAAUGUGACUGAAAGAGUUAUCCAGGAGGGUCUAGACACCACAAAAUCCAUUGUGACUGGAACCAAGGACUCCAUCUGCAGUGAGGUGGCCGGUGCAGUGCAUGUAGACAAAGGGACCAUUCAGACUGGGUUGGACACCACCCAUUCAGUCACCACUGUCAACAAAGAUGUUCUGUCUAGAGAAAUCUCCAGUGCAGCAGAUCUGGCAAAAAAAGCUGUCCAUGAAAGUCUGGAAAACACCUCAUUAGCAACAACAGGCACCAUGAGCCUGUCCUCCUGCAAGAUGGAUUUUGCCAAAGGAGUCAUCCAGGGAGAAGCAAAUGCACCUGACAGCCCCAGCCUAGAUAAAGAACCUGGUGUCAUCCAUGCGGUGGUGGGCAACAUGGAAACCCUAGUGCACAAGUCAGAGGAGCAGUUGGCUGGCUUCCUCCCCAUGAAUGAAGAAGAACAAGCUCAGCUGGCUGCCUCCAAUCUCGGGCCAAAGGUGAUGUCCACAGACCAGAAGAACUACUUUGUGCAGCUGGGAAACGUGUCCACCAGCCUGCGCCAGCGGGCCUAUGAGCACACCCUAAACAAACUGCAGCAGAGCAAGGAGCAGUCCUGGGGAACUUUGGCCCAGUUGCAGGAGACCCUCAAACUGAUUGAAGAGGUCAAACGGGACACAGAGGAGAGCCAGGCCUGUGAAGAGGGAAGACCAUUCCAGCAGCAGGGGCUGGGCUGGAGGCAGUGCCAGGAGACUGAACAAACGGAGCUACCAGAGUCCAGGCUUCUCCCCAGGGCUCGAAGCCUAGUCCAACAGCUCCAUGCCAGCUACAGGGCCCUGGCCACCAGCCUCCAGGGCCUCCCCACUGAGUUCCAGCAGGGGAUUCGGCGGGCACGCCACAGUGUUGGAGAGCUUCACGGUCUCCUUGCCAUUGCUCGCUCCUUCGGGGACUUGUCUGCCAUUGAGCUGGCCCAGAGUCGUGAGAGCCUGAACCAGACAUGGCAGGGGCUCGAGGGACUGAUGGCAGGCCUGGCACAUGAGCCCCCACUCACCUGGCUCAUGGGGCCCUUCACCCUAAUUAAGGAGUAGAAUGCCAGGAGGAGCCCCUCUUUUCCCCUCCUCCAAGUGCUGAGCUUGGGAGUAACGCCAUGCUGUGCUUUAAGGACUGCCUGACCUUCCCUGAAUCUCAUUCCUUCCAAGCUCCUCCCCACCCCCUCACCCUCAAAGGCCUUCUUUCUUCUCUGGCUAGCUGCCCAGGGCCUGGCUCUGCCUCACGGCAGGAUGAAGCUGAGGCCUGGGCUCUGGUCAGGGUAACGCCAGCAUGAGGGAGCAGCUGCUGGAGAAUGCCCUCCCAAGCUAAACUUAAUCUGGGCUAAGCUCCCAGCACCCAGGCUUGCCUCCAUGCUCCUUCCCUUCCUUCUCACAAAUCUUUCACAUCCCAGAGGCUCCUUUUAGGCACCAGGGCAAUCCUCAGUGGCACUGGCCUUUUUCCAAGUGGCCCCUUCCCUAGGUGCAGAGAGUGAAAAGGACAGAGAACUCUGGUCUGAUGUCUCAGAAACACUGACUUUCAGGUGGCAUCGUCUAGUUCAGCCUUGACCCUUUUACACUAUCCCCUGACAAAGAGUCCUUUAGCCUCCAUUGAUGGUGCCCCACCCCCGCCAAUAGGAAAUCCUACAUCCCUAGGCAGCUCAUUCCACUUCUAGGUGUCUCCUAUUACUGGGAACUUUGCAUGGGAUCUCCUAACAAGAAGCCUUUGGGGUCAAGAAGCCAGCUGGGUGUGAGGUGAGGGCCAGAGGGCCCCUUAGUCUCUGGUAUCUAUGCAGAGAUAAAGCUGCCCUCCCAGGCUCCAGUUAGCUUGGGCUUCCAGGUGACUAAAAAUAGUGAUAGUGCACACCUGUACAGCACUUUCCACUUCCCAAAGCACUUUACAUACAUUACCUCCUGAUGACAACCCUGUGAGGCAGCCUGUAAUUACUACCCCCAUUUUAAAGAAACUGGGGAUCCUACCAUACCCAAGAUCAGAUGGGGAGUUAAGUAGCACGGCUGAGAUCAGAACCCAGGUACUAAUUCUAAAUCCAAUGCUUUCCUCUAUGGCACUUCCCAUGGCUAGGCCCAGGUAAGAAGGCAGGGUUAGAGUCACAGAAUCGUGGAGUUGGAAGUGACCUCAGUGUCCAUCUAGUCCAACUCAUGCCUGAGAAAGAAUCUUCAUUAAGGGUCACCCAGCCUCUGCUUAAAGAUCUCCAGGGUGGGUCUCCUUCACAACGUUCAAAAUAAUCUGAGCUUUGACCACCACAACAGCAUGGAUCAGAUGUCGCCCUUCCUGAGGGGGAAAGAAUCAUCACAGAGCGUCUCCCUAACCACCUUGGCCCUGCCUGGUGCAUGAAUUCCACUCAUCCUGUCUCCCCCAGACUGUCUAGACAGAUUUCUCAGUCUCCAUUCCAUGAACUUGUGCCCUAGGGCUACAAAAUGAGUGGUGAGGCCACCCAAAUCUCCACAUUCAGUCACUUAAACAGGCUUCGCCUACCAGUAAGGGCUGUGCUUUAGAUACUAGGCUAGAAAAGAGCUUAUUAUUCCCAACCCCUCCUACACCCCCACCCUACUUAUUCUGCUUACUGUUCAGCAUCUCAAGUUCACACACCUCCACAUCCCUAACCUGGUAUGUACCCCAGAGGUGAAAUCCUCCCUGGGAAGCUCCUGAUUGGCCCCAUUCUUCCAACUAUCAAUGGUAUAAGUCAGACCUCUGCAACAGGGGCUCCAAGAAGUGAGCCAACUGAUUCCCAGAGUGGGAUCCAGAACCAACAAGUGACAGGUAUGUUUAACCUUCUCUUAGGGGAAGGGACCUCCUGGAGAAAGAAGAGCCAUCCCAGCUUUGUGCUGAUAACCUGUACUCUCCCAACUCCAACACCCCUCGGUGGGAUUCUACUGGACUAGCUGUGAUGUUAAUAGGCAGAGAAACUCCACUGACUUUCUGUGCUAAAUCUUCAAACAUUGCUCAGGCCGGAGGCAGCUACUAGAGUAGGAUGAUGCUGCCCUGGGCUCAGUUAAGUUGCUCCAUUAACAGGAACAGAAGCAACUUUUAACAAAUCAGUUCUGUUGAGCCUAACCUCAGUGUCCCCUUCAGGGAGAUGGAUUUUAGCCAACUCCAGUCUUCCUGCUUCCAGGGCUACUGAGGAGAUAAAAAGUAUCUGGUUAAAACCUCUGAGCUCCUAAGAGAUGGACAGGAGAAUCUGCCAUCUAAAGCCACAUUUACCUGCUAUCUGGAGCUCGAUGGGACCUAAGAAAAUUGGCCCAGCACAGUUAGGGAAGCUAGUUCUAUCAACCAGCAGGUGGUGCUGCUUGGGCUGGGUUGAUUCUUCAUCUGUGCCCUUCAAACAAAAGGCAGUGGAUAGCCUCACACACACACCUUCUAAGUGGCAGGCCUUAAUAUUUCUCUCUUUCUGCCCCAACAUACCACUCUCCCACUUUAGCAGGGCAAAAUGACCCCAAAUUAGGGCUUGUCAUUAGCAGAUCCCGCUGCCCCCAUAGAUCCAUUGGCAAUCAAACCUCUAUUCCAGCUAAAUCCUCAUUAUGGAUCUGGCUCCCAGAAAAUACCUUCCCACAGCAGUAUGGAAUUCAUUCACUGGCCCCAGGCCCCCUCACCUACCAGGGGCAGGAGGAAGAACAGCUGAAAGGAACUACCUGCCACAAGCCUUCUGAGCCUAGGUUACAAACCCAAGCUGGUGUCCGGGGCUGUGAAGAGGAACCCCUGGCUCAGGUCGUGCGUCCUGCCAAGUGUCGUGACCCCAGAUCUCUGCAGGUAGAGGCACCUCCACCUCCAGCCUGGUGGACAGGAAACAGCUCCAGUCUUUACAUCGAGGGGCCCAAUGUCCCCUGAGCAUUGGGCUCCAAGAGCCUCAGGGCUCACAACAGCAGCCCCACCCAGGCCUAAUCUCCCCCUUUAAUACUAAAGCACAGUGGCCUGGGGCGCCACCUGUCCAGCCAACCUCCACCUGAAAAGCAAGGCUGAGUCCAAGAUCAAUGGUUCGUGCUCUGCAUGUCCCAUGAAGCUCGGUCUCCGAGCUCUCCCCAAAGGCUGACAUUGGCUGGCCUGGCCAUUGGGCUGUUCAGUAGGAGAAGAUUCAAACCACAGCCUCAUUUGAGCCAUAAAGUUUAGAUUUUUAUUUUCUUUCUUCUUUUGUGUAAAGAUGAACUUUUCCAGCUGUGAGCAGAGCCAGGGAAUCCAAGCCCAGUAGUCUCAGGCCACCAGAUCACAGGCUCUUGUCCCCGUUCCUGCUUCAGUCAUCUCUGCCUGGCUCUAGGCUAGAAGCACUGCUUGUUCAAAGCUGCCGUUCACUGCUAAUGGGGGCCGUGUCGCUUCUCCUGUCCUGCACCAAACUGGCCAAGCUCUCAGCUUCAGGCUCCACUGCAGCCAACAACAUUAGAAAACCAAGCCAAUAAAAAUGAAUUUUUUUUCAUUAAAAAACCCUUUAUAUUCAUUUCAUGUUGUUUUGAAAUCACAGAAAUUAGGCGAGGGAAAAAAAACCCAAGGGG